AUGCCCAACCCAAUGAAUUCCCGAGAAGAGGACGAGCUACCGGUAGCGUCAGAAUCCGAUGUUGACAGCACUUGGAGUGAGGAGGGCAGAGAAGCGCCGAAACCAGAGGGGAAGACGCUCAACCAAACUCUGGCUAGAACGGAAACCAACGCUGUACACUGCUUGCGUUUCGUCGUUUUCCUGGUUCUUGUCAGUGCUGCUGUCUUGGUUUCGGCUGCUGUCUUUCUCUAUAUGGAACGUGACGAACAGAACACCUUUGAAAGCCAGUUCUAUGACCUCGCCUCCCGAUUGGUCGAAGGAUUCCACUCCAACGCCAAGCUUCGAGUUCAGGUAGCUGACAUGUUGGCCGUUUCGCUCACUUCCUCGGCCAUUGCUACCAAUCAAGUGUGGCCUUUUGUCACAUUUCAAGACUUUGAUGCACGGGCUACUGCGGCGCGUUCCAUUCUUGGCUCGCAGUAUCUCGCGGUCUACCCACACGUGACUAAAGAGCUACGAGAAACCUGGGAGGAGUACUCGCAGGAUGUCAACAAUCUGGACUGGGUGAAUGAAUCUGCAGCCUUUCAGGAAGACUUUUUUGACAGGCACAACCGUAGCGCCUCGGUGACCAGGCUGACACGAAGACUACAAGAAGUGGCAGACUCUGAUCUUGCUGCUUUGGACGAAGAGGGGGAACCAUUAGUCAACAACACGGUACCCUGGGAUGGCACCUACGGAACCAGCGCCCAAAUUUAUCGGACUGGAGAUCCGGAAAACCCUGACGAUUUCGGAGCGUGGGUCAAUGAGGAUGAAGAUGCUCCAGGUCCAUUCUAUCCAAUGUGGCAAGUCUCGCCUACAGCACAAUCGACACUGGGCAGCGUCAACUACAAUGUGAUUGAUCCAUUCUACCCAGGAUCGUACAUCGGUGCAGUAACCCUUGUCAAGUCUCUUGGCGAGGCUGUGUUUGCAGGAGUGUGGAAUGUAGACGAGAAUGGUUACAUUGAUGAAAAUGAUGAUUAUGAUUAUCGAGAGACUCCAGUGUCAAGCUUGAUGUACCCAAUCUUUGAUAUAAGGUUGUAG